GCGAGUCCGCGGCCCGCCGCCUCGGAGGGCGCCAUGAAGGCGGUGGUGCAGCGUGUCACCCGCGCCAGCGUGACAGUUGCUGGAGAACAAAUAAGUUCCAUUGGGCAAGGCAUUUGUGUUCUGUUGGGUAUAUCUGCGGAAGACACUCAGAAGGAGCUUGAGCACAUGGUUCGAAAGAUUUUAAAUCUGCGUGUGUUUGAAGAUGAGAGUGGGAAACUCUGGUCUAAAAGUGUAAUGGACAAGCAGUAUGAAGUGUUGUGUAUCAGCCAGUUUACUCUUCAGUGUAUCCUGAGGGGAAACAAACCAGAUUAUCACAUUGCAAUGCCUUCAGAACAAGCCAAGUCUUUCUAUAACAACUUCCUGGAGCACCUCCGCAACACAUACAAACCAGAACUCAUUAAAGAUGGCAAAUUUGGCGAAUACAUGCAGGUGCACAUCCAGAAUGAUGGGCCGGUGACCAUCGAGCUGGAGUCCCCCACGGCCCCCCUGGACGCGAAGCAGCUGGCGAAACUGGAGAAGCAGCAGCAGCGGAAAGAGAAGACCCGGAUAAAGGUGCCCUCGGAAUCGAGCCGGGAAAGGAAUGUUCCUCGAAGCAAAAACGACCCCAGUGCAAGCAGUGGGGCAGAGGGGGACGUCUCUUCGGAACGGGAGCCGUAGCUCCCCAAGCGCAGCUCCAGAAAAAAAGACUCCGUAAGAAGCUGCUGGUGACCGGCACUCAUUAGCAGAUGAUGCUCAACUCCUCCAUGAAAAAAAUUCAGGCAGAAAGCGAAUUUGGAGCAGACGCAAGAAGUUCGGGAUCUGCACCGUGCUGUACGCAAGAACAACCAAAGGAAUGUUAUCUGUGUCCAUUGCUAAUGCGCUUACAUGUGGAAGUGAUUGGUUCCCCUUUUCCGUUUCUUUCUCGGGUUCUUAGGUUUCUGCUGCAGGCCGGCUGCCACUGUAGGUGGGAAGACCCCCCGUCGUCCACCUGACCCAUGGGGCUCGUGGCAGGGGGCUGCAGGGGCCCACUCCCCUCCGGAAGGGAGCACAGGGAGGGAGGGAGGGAGGAGGAGGGUCCACACAGUCCCCAGAGGGAGGCAGGGGCUUGCCGGCACCGUGCUGCCCGGCUGGGCUCACCUCUCCGCUCCCCUCUGCUUCAGAAGCCCUCGGAUGGGCCACCGAGCCCAGCGUGAGGACGGGGACCAGGCCUGUCUGCUCCCCAUGUGGAGGCGGGCUGUGUCCCGGCGGCCCCACCUUUCACCCGCCCCAGCGCAGAACCUGGGUCUGCUGGACAGCCAGCCCCAAGCACCCCCUGGGAGCCUCCGGCUUCGAUGGAGCCCUUUCUCGUACCACAUGGAAGCUGCUCCAGCGCGAGUCCGUUCCAGGCGGCCAGGAAGUGCGAGCGCCCCGGCCACGCGGAAGGUGCCCCCUGGCAGCUCCCCCGCCUUUCCAGAAGCUGGAGCAGAGGGGAUGUGCAGAGGCGUUGCGGCACCGAGGCCUCUGCGGCGGCACGAGGAUUCCCACCUGGCUGCGGUGAUGCCGGAAGCCGCAGCAGCUCUCGCGCCAUGCGGGAAGGGGCCCGCUGCCCCCAAGCAGCGUGUGGCGGCUAUUCUCCGUAGGUUGCAGCAGUGCCAUGGUAAUGGAUUGUAGGGUCUGUUUUGGUAGAAUAAAAAGGCUUCCUUCCGUUUUCACUGGGGCUUCCUGUUUCGAUUGCUUCGUGUGAUGUGUCCCCCAGUCUCUCCUUUCAUGACGCUGUUCCCAAUGUGUGCAUUUUGCGUGUGGCUGUAAUGUGGAAAAUACGGAAUUUGAACAAGACCGACCUGCUGAUUUAUUUAUCUGUGAACAAUAUGUGUUUGUACGUGUGCCUUUUAAACUUUUUCAGAAAGGGAAAAACACUUGAUUAAUAAAGAAUGCCACCUGA